AUGCCUUCUCUCGACGAGCUGACCACGCAGCACGAAACGCUCUUCUUCACGCACUUCGACGCGCAGGACGCGUUCGAUCUCGGGUGCAUCAUCCGAUCGCGAAUUCUCUCCGCGUUCCCGGAGACGCCGGUUUCGAUCCGCAUCACGCUUCCGACCGGUCAGAUCCUGUUCACGACGGUUACCGUCGGGGGCUCGACAUUAGACUCCGAGAGCUGGCUCACGCGCAAGGCGGCGACCGUGCUGCGCUACGGAUGCUCGACAUUGUACAUGCGCGAGAAGAUGGUCGCGAAGGGACUCGCCGGCGAUAGGUUGAGCGAGAUGGCCCCGCUUGAUGAUGCUGUCUACGCGGUCCAUGGAGGCGGAUUCCCGGUCAGGAUCAGGGGCGUCGAUGGCGUUGCCGCGGUCAUUGUCGUUAGCGGCCUUAAGCAGGUCGAUGAUCAUGAUUAUCUCGUCGAGGGCGUCAAGUGGUUUUUGGAGAAGGACCAGAGGGCCACCUACCUAGAGUACCCUACGGUUAAAGAAACUUAUCCCAAUACCGUAGAUACCUACACGUUUCAGGUUUCGGUGUUUGAGCUGUGA